CCAGAGUAUCAGUUGUCUGGGGUGUAUAGUCCUCGGCAUAGUCCUUGGCAGUCACACAUCCCCAGUCUUCUGUUGCCUCAACAUGAUAAGCUUUUCGAUGAUUUAUAAGAUGACUGUGCUCCUAGGACUGCUCCUAGGACUACUCCAACCUGGCUGGACCCUCGUGUCCACGGAGGUUCCCAAGGGCCCUCUGUAUCGGGCCGUCGGCCAUCAGCUCAGCAUCCCCUGCCAUGUGAGUGGCAUCAACGACAGCGCAAGCUGGAUCGAGUUCGAGUUCCGUAUGGCACACGAGGGAACUAAUCUUGACAUCAUCAGCACCAGAGAUCCAAACCAUGGGGAUAUCCGCUUUAGAAACCGUGUGCGCAACAAGAUGAUCAGCGUGGAGCGCAGGGACCCCACCUCUGUGGUGUUCAUCAUCACCGACCUGAAGGCGAGCGACGAGGGGGAGUACGAGUGUGCUGUGGUGAACCAGGAAGGCAGCUACGAAGGAGACUACUCUGCCAAGAUCAACGUCAAGGUGAUUAAAGAAACCCUGAGGGUCUCCUCCAUGGCCCCCACCUCGCUGAGCCGGGAGGAAGGCGACGCGCUCACUCUAAGCGUCAAGGCCUCGAGCGACACCGUCCAGAGAACACACCUGUCUGUCACCUGGUACUUCAAAACGGAGGGGAAAAAGCACCCCCACCCGAUCGUCUCCCUGGACCGGAACCUGACCCAGAGUCCCGGGCCGAGGUUCAGGGCACGCUACGCAGCCGGGGACGUUCAGCUGGUCAAAGUGGGCGAGGCCACGUACCAGCUGAACAUAGCCAAAGUAAAACUGUCGGACCAGGGAGAGGUCUACUGCCAGGCUGUGGAGUGGAUCGAGGGCCCUGACGGCAACAGGCACCCGAUCUCUUGGAAGCAAUCGAAGACUACCAAUGUGACGGUCAAACGUAAAGUUCCUGAGGUAGUUGCCCCAGACUCUGGACCUUCUUCAGUGUUCCUUCCAGGCAUCCUCCCAUAUCUGAUCGCAUUGGUCCUGCUGGCGGAGAUGUACCCUCUCUGAAGUCCCAGCCUAACCUGGAGGACUGAAGACACUAUGCAUUAAAGUGUCUGAGCUCACUGCCUUAAAUGUAAAUGUUAGGGGGGCUAUAAUCCAACAAUGUCAAAUGCAAUAAAAUGCAAAUGGCAAUAAAUAAAACUAAUUGGUUGAAAAUG